AAACAAUAUUCAGGAUUUCUGAAGGUUAUUAAUUAAUUCAAUUAUUUAUGUUUUUCAAUUCUCUGUAUUCUGUAUAUCGAUAUUAUCUCUUUCAGCUUUUUCAUAGAUCAACUACUCUCGCUUUAUCUUCUAUUAAGGUGGAGUUUUAGCGGGUGCACAAACAAUUUAUUCCACAACUGUUUUUAAUGUACAGUUCAUAAAAGUUAAAAUAUGUUCCAUAUGAGAUGAUUUAUGCAACUCAUACGCCCUAGUGCACAGUGCUCAUCAUGCAUAACCUUGUAGUUCCCAAUAUUUAACCUAUGCAUUAAAGUUACACAUUGGGCUUGUGCAUUCACAAAAUCCGCCUUUACUCAUCAAUGUCAUCAUACUCCUCUGUUCAUACAUCAUACAGUGAUAUCAAUCCUGUUUCAUCUUUCAUCUAUCAGAUAUUGCUGUUUUUAGCAUUCCUACAAAGCAAUGGCAAAAAAUACAUCCAGUUCUGCAUUCCGGAAAAUAGAUAUUGACCAAUAUUCAGAAGAUAAUUUCAAAGAAGAUGAGACUGAUUCUGGAGUUGCUGUUGGGCCAGAUGAAAAUGAAGUCAAUUCAUUACUUCAAAAAGGAAAGAUUGUAGAUGCUCUGAAAAUGGUACUAAACAAUGCACCUUUUGGAAUAAAAAACCCUCAAAUCAAGGAAAAUGCUUUCAACCUCACUCUCAGAGUUUUGCUGGCUAUCAAACCAUCCCAAAUAGAAGAAAUGGUAAAUUCACUGGACAUGGAUAUGUUAGAUACAUUGAUGAAAUAUGUGUACAAGGGGUUUGAAUACCCAUCAGAAGGUAGCAGCAUGCACCUUCUUCUGUGGCAUGAAAAGAUUUAUAACGUAGGUGGAGUUGGUUGUAUUGUAAGAGUUUUGUCAGAUACUAGAAGAGUCUAAGAUGUAUUAAUACUAAACCAAAAAUAGUUUUAAUA